AUGGAGGACUUUGAAACAGUCCAAUAUAUCAACAGUGGCGCCUUCGGGACUGUAAACCUGGUACGUCACAGGGAGACUGGUCAGGCUCUUGCCUUGAAGCAGAUCAAGCGGCAGAGCUUGAUCAGCGAAACAGAUGUCGAGCAGUUGUUGGUGGAACACGACAUUCUCACCUUCACCGACAACCCCUUUGUUGUCGCGAUGUAUUGCUCGUUUGAGACAGAGAAGGACCUUUGCAUGGUGAUGGAGUAUGUGGAAGGUGGGGAUUGUGACACCUUGCUUCAACGUUUCGGGCGUUUUCCAGUGGACAUGGCUCAGAUGUACAUUGCUGAGAUUGUCUGUGGAGUAGAGUACAUCCACAGCUUCGGUAUCGUUCACAGAGACCUCAAACCCAGCAAUCUUUUGAUCACCUUGAGAGGCCACAUUAAAAUCACAGAUUUUGGCCUGUCAAAGAUCGGGUCUCUGAACAUGGCAGCAGAGGUCUGCGCAGAGAACAUCGCCAACGAGUUCACUGAUGGAGAGAUCGCGGGAACACCCAUAUAUUUAGCACCAGAGCUGUAUCAGGGGGAGGUGUAUGGGAAGCCCGUCGACUGGUGGGCUGUGGGAGUUAUUCUCUAUCAGUUCCUGGUCGGCUCUUUCCCAUUUGAUGGAGAAAAUGAUGAUGAGCUCAGGAACGAAGUCAUCAAUAAAAAUGUCACCUGGCCAGAGGAGAGAGAUGUGGUGCCAUAUGAGGCCCAGGUCAUCAUCAUUCUGCUCCUCAGGAAGAACAGCAUUCAGCGUCUGGGCACAGGAGGAGCCAGUGAGGUGAAGGAACAGCCCUUUUUUCAGGACGUGGACUUCGAUAACCUCAGAAGAAGAGAAGAGAAGAUGGUGCAAGUGGAGAAGAAGAAGAAAGGAGACCAGGAGGGAGAAGAGAAGACGGUUGAGGAGAAGACGACGACAAGGACGGAGGAAGAUAACGUUUAGGAACAGGAGUGAGAGGAGGUGUGAUGCCAUCUCUCCCUAUCCCUCCACCAUCCCUUCCCCAUCCCUCCAUCAUUCAUCCACCAUCCCUCCACCAUUCCUCCACCAUCUUUUCCCCAUCUCUACCCCAUCCUUCCACCAUUUCUCCCCCAUCUCUCCCCCAUCCCUCAACCAUCUCUCCCCCACUUCUAGCCCAUCCCUCCACCAUCCUUCCACCAUCUCUCCCCCAUCUCCCUCCACCACAAGCAGAAAUAUGUGUCACUAGAAACUGAACUUGAAUCAAUACCAGCCA